AUGGAUAUGGCCUCAGCCUCGGCUUCUCGUCGCUUCAUCGAGGCGUUGAUGGACAUUGAGAAUCGGUUGAUUGGCAACCAGUCGAUGGAUGCCCUCCUCCACGACAACCUUGGAAAGCCAAAAACUAGCCGCCAGUUCAUCGUCAACAGCGUCAUCCAGUGGUCGAACAUGUUGCAUCCACUUUCUGAGAUUGACCUAGCUGAUAAGGUAGCACUCCUCAAGGAAACCGCCGGCCCUUUUUCACUUCUCCAAACGAUCCAACGCAGCAUUGCCGCCCUCAUGCUCCUCAACCCUGAUGUCAGCGGCAUCUCCCUCGAGACAAAAUCCCGACUCCGCGAGGGUCGCGAUACCGUAGUCCGAACCCUGUUCACCUACCUCAGCCAGACGCAGUCCCCCGUUGAUGCCAACCUCAGAAUCUCCUCCCUGCUGAUGGUGAUCCCCUCCAUUCAAGUGGUCACCAACCUCCUCGUCGAAAAGCCCCAUAUCGGCUCGAUCUUCGGACUCUGCGAUGGCGAUGGAAGAAACGAGAAUUCCCCACCGAUCUCGCUCGCCACCCCGAUCUGCUUGAGUCCCGAGGCGCCGGUGUACGAGCAGAAGCCCGAGCUGUUUCUCAAGGACAAUAUUCUGGCUAACUUCAUGGUCCAGUCGACGCUGGCCGAUUUGCAGAAGGGACUUCAGAAUCCGCUUUUUUCGAUCGCUGGUCUUCCGCCGAGCCAAGCCGGUGGAUUGGCGUUGCCGUUCGGAUUGUUCAACCAUGGACUAUCGCUGAUCCCCUCUACCACGCUGCCAAUGAAGCCAUUCGCCACUCAACCCGAUCUCUUCAAAGUU